CUUUGUCUUUUCUACUUGACGUAAACUUUACAGUCACCGAAUUGUGACCUGCUGCAAGCCUGCAACUUUUUGAGUCGCACAGAACACUCCAGGUUGUGUCCUGUCAUCAGAAAACAACACGAUGGCGAAUGAAGCCAAGCCAUGCCCCUGUGAUAUUGGCGAUCAGAUGGAGUACGGAGGACUCGGCCAAGAGGUUCAACUAGAGCACACUAAAGCAUAUGUAGUCAAGCCAUCCACUGCAUCUGACAAGGCCAUUAUUGUCAUACAAGACAUUUAUGGGUGGCAGCUUCCCAACACCAGAUACAUGGCUGACAUGCUGGCUGCCAAUGGAUACAUUGCUGUUUGUCCAGACUUCUAUGUUGGAAAGGAGCCGUGGAGUCCAUCACAUGACUGGUCCAAAUUUCAGGAGUGGCUUGAAGACAAAAAGCCAACCAACAUAAACAAAGAGGUGGAUGUAGUGCUGAGGUUCCUGAAGGAGCAGUGUGGGGCCAAACACAUCGGAGCAGUGGGCUUCUGCUGGGGAGGGGUUGCCACACAUUACCUGGCCCUGCAGUAUGCAGAGGUCAAAGCUGGAGUGUCAGUCUAUGGGAUCAUCCGCGAGAGGGAGGACAGGUAUGAGCUGAAGAGUCCCACGCUGUUCAUUUUUGGGGAGAAAGAUGAGGUUAUCCCACUGGACCAGGUGAGUGCCCUUGAAGCAAAGCUGAAGGAGAAAUGCACAGUGGACUACCAAGUGAAGAUCUUUCCUGGUCAGACUCAUGGGUUUGUCCACCGCAAGAGAGAGGACAUCAAUCCCACAGACAAACCCAGCAUCCAGAUGGCCAGAACAGACAUGCUCAACUGGCUCAACAAGUACAUGUAGAUGAGAAAGUCAGAGCCAGCACAUUGGAGUCAGUUGUAUGUGGCAUUGUGCUAGCAACUGGUGCCUUUUAAUCAUAUCUCUACACAUGUUGGACCGACUGAGUCAGGAUGAAAACCUGAAAAGGUCAAAUGUAAAAUGCAGAGGUGCUAUUCAGAGCGAGCUGGUAAUAAUAAUUAUAAAUAAUAAUUAUUGUAAUAUAAUUACAGUAAGAAAUAAGGAAUACAUAAUUUUCAUGUUUUUUUGUCAAUGUAGACAUUUCUCAGAUAUUUUAUUUUCUUAGUCUGGAAGAUGUCUUCAUCUUUGGAUACUAAGGAACUGUGAUUUUAAUCUUAAUGAUUCUUGAGCCAUAUAUGUAAUAUAAAGGACUUUUUGUAUGCAGCUGUGUGGAUGCAGUUUACUGUCUUGUUAAUGUAGGAUUGCAAGCAAUUAUCUGAUUACUUUCUAUGCCUAAACUUGCCAAAUUUUUGUUCUAUAAGAUAUAGAAUGUAAAGCUAACAUGGAAUACACGAAUAAAAAUGAAGUAUUAUCAGUUUUACCUUUGAAA